CCGGCCCCUCGCCCCAACUGAGUCAGGAGUGACUCAUUCCAAACCGGGCUGCAAGCGCAGCGUGUGCCUUUGCAGAUUGGCUGGCGAGGCACACUCUGGAUGUAGGUGGCUGCAUUGCACACUCCAGCAGCGCAGCUCUGCUCCCUGCUCCCUCCUCCUCCGUGCAGGAUAGCUGUCUGAGCCCAGGAUCUCGCAGGCGCACGAAGGCAUCUCAGCCGGCUCCGCUGGAUGUGGGCUGYGGACGGCCCCGGCUCCGCUCCUGAAGGAGCUCUGCGCUGAAGAUGGAUGAUUUGGCUCUCCUCGAUCUGUUGGAGUGUCCCGUGUGCUUUGAAAAGCUCGAUGCCACAGCGAAGGUGCUGCCGUGCCAGCACACUUUCUGCAAGCCCUGUCUGCAGAGGAUCCUGAAAUCGCAGAAGGAGCUGCGCUGCCCCGAGUGUAGGACCCUCGUCCUGUGCAGUAUUGAGCAGCUGCCCUCCAACCUGCUCCUCGUUCGCCUCCUGGAUGGAGUCAGGUGUGGACAGAACGUCACCAGGUUYGGCUCCAUCCAGAGAUCGGGGGUCCUGUCCUCCCCCGCCUCCAUCAGGAGAGUUCCCAGGGGGCUGCAGCUGCAUCGGCUGGCAACAAAUCCCAGGAUCCACAUGGAAGGGGUGCCACGAGCCAGGGCCCUGUACACUUACCGUGGGCACAACCCCGGGGAGCUGCGCUUCAACAAGGGGGACACCAUCACACUGCUGCGGCAGCUGGAUGAGAACUGGUACCUGGGCGAGCUCAACGGCAUCAGCGGCGUUUUCCCAGCCAGCUCCGUGCAGGUCAUCAAACAGCUGCCCCUGCCCCGCCCUCUCUACGGCCUGGAGCUGCCCCGCCGGGACAAGCACAUCUCCUGUGGUCUCUUGCAGCCSAGCAGCCCCGCUCAGCAGAUCCUGCAGAGCACCAAAAGCCACUGGUCCCCGCAGCUGAAGGGCUCGUCCCUGCGYACAGCAUCCCCCAAGGCCAAGGCUGUGGAUGCAGCAGCUUUCCCCAAGGUGCCCGACUCCAGACGGAAGAGCCUGCGGCAGUUCUCCAUCACCACAGCCCUCAACACCCUGAACAGGAUGGUGCACACACCCACUGAGCGCCCCGCGCUGCAGAUCAGCUCCCCUGUGCUCAUCAGCUCCAGCAACCCCAGCGUGAACACCCAGAGCAGCGACAAGGASCAGUUCCCCUACGGGAGCCCGCUNNAGGUCAGCACCUCUUACUACCCUGAGCCAGGAUCACUGGGGUCCCCAGCAGCCAUCGUCACCCUUCCCCACCUGCAGCAGCACGGGCCAGCUUACCUGUGUGUGGCUCUCCACUCGUACACGSCUCACGGACCCGACGAGCUGGAGCUGCAGAAGGGAGAAGGGGUGCGUGUUUUUGGGAAGGACCAGGAUGGUUGGCUGCGGGGAAUGUCCCUGGUCACRGGCAGAGUCGGCCUCUUCCCCAGCAACUACGUCACACCCCUCUUCAGGAAAUCUAGUCUCUCCGACUCCAAGAUGCCUUCCCUGUACACCUCAUGGACACUGUCCACCUCCUCGCUGUCGUCCCAAGGCAGCAUGUCCGAGAACGGCCCGAGGCAGAGCAGAGCCCUGAAGCCGCUGCUGCUGCCCGUGCCCAUCCCCAGCCCCGGCAGGGGCACAGCGGCACCGGCACCGCUGCGGCGCGGCCGAGGCAGCACCAGGAAGAACGGAUCCCUGCAGAGGCCGGGCCAGGCAGGCAUUCCCGUGCAGAUCACAGGAUCCCUCAGGCGUCCCACGGCUCUGGGGCGACCUCAGCAAUUGCAGCUUUACCCGCACAUCGGAGCUGCCAUGGACGAGGCAACGAGGCCAAACUUCUCCCACGAGGCUUCCCCGGCGCUGGUGCUGAGGGGAGGGGAGAGCCGRACGCCCUCGGUGUGCAGCUCGGUGAUCCUGGAUCAAAAGGAGCCCCCGGUGAGGAGCGAGGCCGCYCCAAAGCCGCCCGCAUCAGCCCCGCCGUCCAUCCUGGUGAAACCUGAAACCUCCCGCAACAGCGCCGAGAAGCAAGUGAAGACGGUGCGGUUCCAGAACCACAGCCCGCCGCCGCCCAAGCGGCACAGCYUGCAGCCGUCGCCGAGACUGCUCCGCAGCCGGACGGAGCCCGGGCCCGAGGGGCUCCUGCCCGAGCCCGGCCUGGGYCCCGAGCUGCUGCUGCUCUACUCGCCCCGCCUGGGCUCCAGCCCGCUGCACCCGCGCCGGGCGCUGCACCCCAAGGCGCUGUCGCUGGACCUCUCGGGCCAGCUGACCUUCCCCAUCAAGAAGAGCUACAGCAGCAUCUCUGCAAACUGACCGGGUACCCCGAGCUGCCUUCCUCCGCUCUGCUCCUCUCCCUCGGCGCGGGGCGAGUGCCCGGAGCCCGCAGCAUCGCACCGCUCCCGCCUGGGCAGGGAUCUGCCGUGUCCCCCCAGCACAGCACAGCACAGCACAGCACAGCACAGCACAGCACAGCACAGCACCCCAGAACUGCGGGGCUGGGACUGGACAGAACUGCGGCAAUCCCUGAGAGAACUGUGGCAAUCCCUGAGAGAACUGUGGCAAUCUCUGAGAGAACUGUGGCAAUCUCUGGGGAGCCCCCUGCCCCCUGGAGCACAGCGAGAACCCAGGCUCUGUUUGUCCCCACACAACUGACACUGCCCAGGGUCGCUGCCUGCAGGGCACACAGGAGCAGCGGGAGGGGAGGAAUGCCUACAAAUAUCACAAAGAGUUACCUUUGCUUUGAUCUCCUCAGGGCUGCAGGAAAGCCCACAGUGAUCAAACACUGGCUCAUUACCUGCCUGUCUCAGGAUAAAGAAACCAUAAAUCAGAAUCAGUCAGCUCCUGGCUGAUGGUUCACGCUGCCUUUGAGGGGAGGGGGUCACUCCAGUUUUUUUUUGUUUGGAUGUUUGCUUGCUUGCUUUUCUCAUUGGUUUUAGCCCAGUCUAAAAAGUGAUUUGGAGGGGAAAGAGCCAAUGGGAAGGGUGGUGCCAUCACUGCUGUCCCCAGGCUCUGCAAUGGGGGCACUGAAUCUCUCUUCUGUCACCUGUCAGCUACCUCCUGCCCGGAGCUCCUUGGGUCCCUUCCCUCCACUGCCCACUCAGACGUGGCUGUUGUAAAUACCUUGGUGGGAUUCUUGGGUUUCAGCCUACAUUCAGAUGCAUGAAACAUUGUCUGUGUAACAGAGAGCAGAGUUCACCGUGCCCCAGCCCCUCUGCCAUGGCAGCAGCAGCUCCUGUUUCCUGCUGACCCCAAUCCAAGGCUGUCCGUGAAUCCUGGSAAAGCCAGCAGAGCCGUGCUGCCUCACAGCUGGGCCUGCUCUCCAUCAAAAAAUCAUUCCAAGAACCUUUAGAAAUUGAGUAUCCCCAUCCUGGUAAGCAGAGAGCAUCCCCAGUGUGCAGGACACCGGGAAUUGGCUCCUCUCACUCUUGAUAGGAAGUGCUGUGCCCUCAGUAAAGGUCCAUUUCCAUCAGAAAUCCCCUGUCAGGCCAUGUGCCUCCUCACUUUUCACCCACUCCAUAUCCUCAGUCCCAGGUGUUUCAAUGAACACUUACAUCCAAGAGUUUUAUUUUCUAACUUUAUCCAUUUAAUUUUUUUCACAAGCCACCAGAGCAGAACAAGAGCUGCUACAAUACCAAGCCUCUCCUCUAAAUUUAGAAAACGCAGGAAAUGAUCUGGAGAAAGAGGAUGUGGAAUGAGCUUUGCUGUGCACCCCGUGGCUCCUCAGCCAGCCCAGCAUGGUGGGGUGGGCCCUUCCCUCCCUCUGGAAAUAGGAAUGCCAACACUGGCUCCAAAACAGAGGAACCUGGCAAUGUGGAAAACCACACACACAUUUAUUAUUCUUAGGAGGUUUAUUCAUUGCCCAACAGUCAUUGCAGUUCAUUUGUGCAAUGUGUUUGAAGUGCAAUCACAGCUCAGACUUUUUAGGGGUUUUGCCAUAAGCUUCAGUAUCUGUCCUGUUUAAAAAGUAACAUUUCCAAAUAUUCAUUAAAUCAGUGUUUGGAACCCCAAACUGUCUGUGAAGCAAUGGGCACUUAGCAGCAAAGUCCAUGGGAGCUSCAGACGCUGAUCCCUUUGUGUGUAUUCCCRGUGGGAAGUGG